CCAUUCCAGGUUGUCUCUCUCGGGUUUGAGGAGGCUGGGAAACAGCAACAAGUGGCUACGGCUUCCAAGUGUAAGAAGGCAGUUUAUUUGGGUUCAGUUCGCUUUCCUUUUCGACGGCGACACUUUUAGACAAGUUAGAGAACUGUGCGUAUAAUUGUUAGACGUAACUUAAGCUCAGUAAGGUAGGUUAACUAACGUUAGGUGAAGUAAGGUAAGUUAGGUUAGCUGGCGUUUGUUUUUUGGCUGAGAAGCGAGGUAGUUAGCUAGCUUUAGUUAGCCUAAUGUUAGCUUGGUAACGUUACCGGCCCGGUUCACACUCUGCUUCAGUUUUUGUUCUAGGAUGUAGCUGGUUACAUUAAGUUUAUUCUCGGCAACGAUAACUUGCUUUCAAUCGUUUUUAUUUAAACGACAGUUUUUAAUUAAUUAGCGUCCUGUUUAAUUGGAAAUAUCGAGAUGUAACGUUACUUAACUUAGUUCGGUUAGUGUUAAUUUUGCGCCGUCAAGCUAACCUAGCUAGCUACAGUUAGCUUGGAAAAUUAAUUGCUAGGUAACUAGGUUACUAAAGCGACUCAACAUUUAGUUUACAUACACAGUAAAUGAAAUUUCUAUCUAUAAAACUGUUUUUUCCUUGUUUUUCUUUGUUUUUUUUAGGUCUCUGAACUAGCUAAUACAUUUUAAAUCUUUAAUGCCAAGGACCUGACUGUGACAAGCUGCUAACUAUAUUUUCGACGGAAAAAAAUAUUUUCCUGGCACUUCAUCUCUUUUUUGGGGACACUUUAAUUAAUAAACACUUUAAUUGAGAAGCUGAGGGGAGCAAAGACGAGGAGCCACAUUUUAGACUGGCAGGAAGCCGAAAGAUGGGUCAUUUACUCUCACAAGUCGACAUCCUGUUGUUUAAUUCUACCAUUUAAGAGCAUUAGCCAAGUGUCUUGCGGUUAAACAGGUGCUAUAACGCAGAAGUGACCAUAUGUAGCCUCCAGCGACUUCGGUUUUUUAUUUAAUUUUUUAUUUUUUUGGAGGAAAUUCGCUGCUCACCCCUUUUUUAUUCCCUCAGGGGAUGAAUUAGGUGUCGAAUUCGUUUCUCUAAAGUGCCAGGCAUUAAAUAUGUACGGAAUGGACACUAUAGAUGACCAUAACCUGGGCUCUAGAUUCACUGAUGGAGAUGAUGGACUGAUUUAUGACCCAGGCCGGACUGUACAUCAGUGCAGCAGCAGCAGUGGUGAAUCUGGAGAGGGUUGGAGAUUAAUCGCUGUCUCUCUGUGUGGUGGAGCACCAUGGGGUUUUACCCUCAGAGGAGGUCGAGAGCAUGGAGAACCGCUCAUCAUCACCAAGGUUGAAGAAGGCAGUAAAGCUGCGGCUGUGAGGCUCCAGGCGGGAGACGAGCUAAUAAACAUCAAUGACGUUCCCCUCAGUGGCUACAGGCAGGAGGCUAUCUGCUUAGUGAAGGGCUCCCACAAGACGCUCACGCUGGUGGUGAAAAGGAGGAUGAAAAUGGUGGAUAUUGUAACACAGAAAAUGCCUUCAGAAAGUGACGUUCAUGUGGCCCGGAGCUUUCUUACGAAGAUAUUGCGAAGUUCAAUGAGGAGAAAUGAAUCCAUGAGCAGACCUCACUCAUGGCACGCUACAAAAUUCAACGAGAGCCAAUCAGAAACUAGCAAAACACAGUCCACACCCUCACCAGUCUGGCAAACAAGAUAUGAUGCAAGUUCAUUCUCCUCUGACCUCACUGCUGGCUGGGACCAGACAAAUCUGCGCAGAGUGUCAGACCAGUUCAGUUCCCUGGGCAGUAUGGACAGCUUAGAGCACGGCUCACACCCAUAUCCACCUGGCAGGCUCUCUCCAAGCAAGUCUAAUGCCAACAGCAUUGAACAUUUAGGAGGUGGGAAAAGAGACUCUGCGUAUAGCUCCUUCUCAACGAGCUCAGGAACCCCGGAUUAUACACUAUCCAAAAGCAACACAGCUUCCACAGAGAACAUGUUAUACAAAGUAGGCCAGUGGGACUCAGGAAGCAACAGGCCUAGCAAUGGCAGGAACAGUCAGAGCAUGAGUGAGGGCAUGCGACAUGAUGAAAGGCUUGGAUACCUACAGCUACCUUCAGGGACCAAUGGGCAGGAAAGUCCAAGAACAGAGGAGCAGCCAGGCUACCGCCAUUCUAGUUCUGGAAGGUCUAGCACUGGACCGGUCUGGCAUAUUCCAGACACAAAGAAGACUAUGGCCCCUUCACCUCCACCGCCUGCACCACCAACACGCAGUGAUAGCUUUGCUGCUACCAAGGUUCAUGAAAAGGGCCUGGUUCUAACCUACGCAGAGGGUCCUGGAGUUCAUGUCCAGUCAAAAUUUCAGGUGAAAGGACUAGAGAAAGCGUCAGAGAUUUCUGACAAUACUCAGAGAACCUUACCAUACCCCACCAGCGAGUCAGGUCUUGAAUCUUGUCAAAACUACAAUAACCCUCCAACCAAAGGUGAUGUGCUUAAUUUAAAUUCAAACAAGACCUACUCUCUGUCCACUACUGAUGUCAGAGUAGGCCAUUCAUCUUACUCUCAGUUGCCCUACCAUCAGCGGCAGUACAGCGACGAAAGCACUUUCCGUGCCCCAGCCAGGACUUCAUCUGCGCCUAAGCCUCAGAUCAUCAGCAGUUCCUGCAGCAGUAUGCAGGAGUUACCUACCAACAGCCACGCUCCUCACUAUAGCCAGAACCAGAUUAGAAGGCCUGUAGGUUCAGUCUCCAGCACCUCCAUUGACCAAAAUUCUGACAUGCACAACUCCAGCAGAUACUACUGCGUCACAUCUCGACAACACCCUCAGGGCAUGUUGCAAGCUUCCUUAGUGAGAGUAGAGGACUGGAAGGCUAAUGCUGGUACAGAGGUAUCUCAUAGUGGAGAUUCCAACAGAACAUCCUUAAGCUCUCAAGGACUACAUAAGGACAAGUACAGCACACCUCAGCUACAACAUCACCUCCCAAAUAACAAAGAGAGCAAUGGAUAUUACAGACAGGCAGAUGGCCAGCAUAGGCCAGCAUUCUCAGCGGUCAAUAACUUUGGUCCUUUACCUGAUGAUGUAGCUGCUAAAGCUUCAGACGUCAGAGGAAUCCAAAAGCAAAAUGUUGUGACAAAUCCAAAUCCAGACACCCAUUUUGUCACUGAGCAUGGAAGAAUUGCAGCACCACCUGUCCAUUCAAGAGAAUCCUCCCAAGAUCACUUAUUGACUAAAAACGAUACACCCCCAGUAUCCCCCCAGAAAACCCCUUUAAUGCAUUCACUGUCUCAAGAGAGCAGUCAGCUAAGUGGUGACCAAGGUGACACGGAAAGUGGAAGCUCACAACAGGAAUCCAUAGAUCCUCAAACAGGGAGGCAGAUGCGACGUGCUGACCGCUAUGCCACCACAUUAAGAAACGAAAUUCAGAUACGGAGAGCACAGCUUCAGAAAAGUCGUAGUGCAGCAGCCUUGGGUGGCUCAGUUGAGACUGAAGAGGAGCCAUCUCUCUGGAAGUCCACAGAAAGUUCUCCUAUGUCCGCUGAUGGUUCCUUCACUAGCACCUAUAAAGAUCAUUUAAAGGAGGCUCAGGCACGAGUUCUUAAAGCUACCUCUUUCAGGAGAAGAGACUUGGAGCCAGUGCUACCAGAGCACCCAGGAGCUGAAGUUCUGUCCUCUGUACGGAAGGAUACACCAUCGCUGCCAAGUGUCUCUGAGGUCCCUUCAAGCAAACCUGCGUCAGGGGGUAACCAGGUGACCCGCAUAUGUGGCAGGAAGCGGUUUCCAGUAGAAAAGAAAGUACGGUCAUUCUCUGAGCCUGAUAAAAUUCAUGAAAUGGGUGUUGAGGAAGAGCCAACUCUCCUAGAGAAUACUGUAUCUUUAGUCAGCAGACGUACAUUUUUUGAGGCUAAAGGAAAGUCUGCCUACCCUAAGCCCAUGCCAAAGCAAAAUCCACAAAUAUCUGAUGACCACAGGCUGGCGAGUAAGCCUGGUGGAAAACCUCAUGCUGCAAAAAAUGAUACCCCCAUGAGUGAUAGCAGUGCAAAGACAGGAGCAGCAGCAGCAACUACUGAGAACAUCUCAAAUGAAGGCCAAGAUGCCCCUAACCCCUUGCACAGACUGGGUACUUUUGCAGAAUAUGAAGCCACUUGGAAGACACAGAGAAAAACGGUGGAGCCAAGGACGUCUGGAAGAUACCACUCAGCAGAUAAUAUCCUUGAUUCUGGUGUGGAGGACCGAAAUAAGCCCCCUUGUUUUCAUGGAAGAUCACGCUCCUCUCCUUCUGAUGACUUCUAUGGUCAGAACAUCCAGGUACAGGGAAGAAAGUUAGCUGAGUACCGUCUACCUGAGAGAAAACUCUCUGAUCAUGACAGCUCCAGCCCAAGGAUAAAUGAAGGAGGAUACAGCGAGUUGGCCUCAAAGCAGGAUCUAGAUCCAGCACAAUCAGUUUUGGUUGAAGGGGACCUGGAGAGAAACCCCUCAGGCCCUCUGCCAGGUCAUCAUAAAUCUCCUCCCAACCCUGCUGGCCUUUCCUCCUACUUUCCUGACCACAGCAACAUCCCAGACCACUCCUUCAUCACCAAAGGCAAGGGCUCGAGUUCUCAGAGACCUUCCCUGCCCCGCCUGGACAAGUACAAAUGCCUUGAGACUCCACCUCCUCUCUCCAGCUCUCAGGGUGGAACCACAACUUCCUGCUCUCCUGUUCGAGACACCACCUCUGUCCCCGCCCAGGUUUUCUGGAAGGACUCAGAGUACAGUAGAGUUUCAGAAAAGGAGGAGGAGCAGCAACUGGAGAUCACACCUCCGGCCCCUCCCUCCCCUUCUGCUCCGCCUGUACAACAAGCCUCUGACCUGACCCGGCCCACCAUGGAUGGUCAGCGCUCCCCAUCGCCACAGUUUGCUCCCCAGAGACUGACAGAUAAACCCCCUGUGUCCAUCUCUCUUCAGGAUGAAGCCUCAGGAAGGCUGACUGAUGACAGCACCACAGUGAAAAAAGUGCCCAUCAAGAUCGUCCGCUCUGAAAGUAACGCAGAGAAAGAAAGUCGACAGUAUCUGAACCCAAGCAUCGAGACCCUUCCCAGCUCCCACAGCUCCACAGUCUCAUCUCUCUCCUGCCUGGCAACCUCUGAGCAAUCGUCCUCUCCGUUCUGCACAUACACACGCCAAAGAGACCCGGAGCCCGAAGUAGGAGACACUGCUAUGGGCAAUCAGAAAGAACAGGAGCCUCACAACAUUUCUGCAGAGCCCCAGGAUCAGCAUGGCCUCCAGAAAGGCCAGAACGGGGAUCAGAGCAGUAAUGGAGUCUCCUCAGCCGACUUCAGUGCCUCCACCCAUUCUAAAGAGGAUGAGAAAAGGCAGGUACUGGCCAGAGACAUUAUUGAUAAAGAUAAGUCUCUGGCUGACAUUUUGGAUCAGAGUAAGAUGAGGACCACUAUGGAUUUGAUGGAAGGACUUUUCCCCCAAGGAGAGCAACUGAUGGAGGAAGCUCAUCAGCGUAGAAAGGUUGUGCCAAAGCAAACUUCGUCACGCAGCUCUGAGGACAGGAGGGAGGAGGACACUAUGGCAGCAGUGGCGGCUCUGGUGACCAGUUCAGCUUAUUACAGCACAUCAGCUCCCAAAGCCGAGCUGCUGAUUAAAAUGAAGGACAUGCAGGAGCAGGUUGUGGAGCUCGACUCAGAGGAGGAGCUGGAAGAGGACAACGACAGUGAACUCGCCAACAAGAAGCAAGAGCUAAUUGAGAGUCUUAGCAAGAAGCUGCAGGUGUUACGGGAGGCUCGCGAGAGUCUACAGGAGGACAUGCAGGACAACAAUGCAUUGGGAGAAGAGGUGGAGGCCACAGUGCAGACUGUCUGCAAGCCUAACGAGCUGGAGAAGUUCCGCAUGUUUGUGGGGGACCUGGACAAAGUGGUCAGUCUGCUGCUUUCUCUGUCUGGACGUCUGGCCAGAGUGGAGAACGCCCUCAACAGCCUUGAGGAGGAUGCAUCAGUCGAAGAGAGGCGCACACUGACAGAAAAGCGCAAGCUGCUGAUCCGCCAGCACGAGGACGCCAAGGAGCUGAAGGAGAACCUGGACCGGCGUGAGCGCGUGGUUUACGACAUCCUGGCCAGCUACCUCCAGGAAGAAAGCCUAGCAGACUACGAGCACUUUGUUAAGAUGAAGUCAGCCCUUAUCAUUGAGCAGCGCAAACUGGAGGACAAGAUCAAGCUCGGAGAGGAGCAGCUCAAGUGUCUGAUGGACAGUUUGCCUCCAGACCAGAGGAUGCUUAUCUGAGGACCACAAUCUGAGGAGCGUCUACAUGAGGAUCCUCAAAACUCUGCUCUAGUAUGACGUCUCCUGGCAAGUCGGCACAGCAGCGCUUGCAUUGUUAAGUGCUAUUGACUUUGAAGUAACUGGUCAUAAAAUUCUGUCCAUAUUUAAAAUACUGAUUCUGAUUAGACUCUCUGCCAUUGCUGAGACCCUGAUGGUGCUGGGCGCUUUCAGAAUUCUCUGAAUCGGCAUUUAUUAACACUGUAUGAACGUUGCGUAUUGAACGGAUCACUUUUUGGCUGUUUUAAGACUUUAGGACUUCUAAAUUCAACUCUCCCUGGACAGUCUAUUCAAUCCUCUAUAUUAUGUGAAUUUAAAAAAGAAAUACUGGAAGAAAGUUUUUUUUUUUUUUUUUUGGAAGAUUUCUCAAAGCGCUUAUUGUUAAUACCAUGGUGUUUUAUUGUGUUCUUUUAUUCCAUCCCCUAACAGGACAGUCUACUACAUAUUAAUCAUAUUGUCUUUUUACUGCAGUGUUGCUGUUUAACCACUAGAGGGUGAUCAAAGAUUUGUAUUAUUUUUGCUUCAACCCAGAGCACAAAACUUCUCAUUCCUCUCUCUUUCAACUAGAAUAAACUUAGAAGAAUUUCACAUAACUAUAUACAGCUCACAUUUAUAACAUUUCUCCCAUAAUUUUUCAUUCAUUCAUUCAUUCAUUCAUUUUAAAAUACCACACACUUCAGGAGUUUUUAACCUCCAACAUCAUUUUUAUGAUGGUGAAUUAUUUCAGUAUCAGUCCCUGUACUCUGACAUUAAUUCAAUGUUUUUAGUAAUUUAUUGUAGGCUUUUAAAUCUGUAAAUAAAACUACUAGAAUAGGCUAGUAUUUUAUUCCUUUGCUUAAGCCUUUCCGUUAGCAUACCUGCUUUUUUAUAGAACUGUAUCUCCACAUCAUGAAGUGUAACUUUGGAAUUAGAGCUGCCUCAACAUAUUGCAUAUUGCUGAUUUUCUUACUGAGGAUUGAAUGCUUGUCUAUAAAGUACUUGGCUGCCUUUUGCUCA